CUCACGUGUCGUCUGCGCCAUCUGAAAUGUGAUAAAACAGCAACCAAAUGUCUGCGCUGUCAACGGUCCGGUCGCGAAUGUGUACCUGCCCCCGGGAAAUCAGAAGAGGUCUCCUUUCGUCAUGGUCAAAAUCCAUCCUUGCGAGGAAAAGGUCCCCCAAGGUACGGCGAGAGCGAUCUUGCCUUCCCCAACGACCAGAUCUGGGUUGAGACUUUGUCUGAAUACUCCUUCAAAGACGAGACCGACCAGACAGCCGCGGAGUAUUUUGUCGUCCCCGUGAUCGGGCAAUCUGUUUCCCGCUCAUCAUCCGAAGCGCGCUCAACGCCUUCAUCCGUGGACCCCAUGUCCGCCACUACAGUCGGGCUGCCUUAUCUCACAGAAUCGCAAGAUUUGUCCCGGUCAGCAUCGGAAUAUUCACAGCUCACCCCGAUCGGGCAACCCCGGCUCGAUAAUGUGAACGAAGCAUACCUCCUCCGACAUUUCCAGCGACAUCUAGCAGACUGGCUCGAUGCCGGUGAUCCUGAGCGCCAUUUCUCAGCGGAUGUCGCCAAGCGCGCAACCCAGUCUCCACUUUUACUGUACGCCUGUAUAGCCGUAGCAGCAUGUCACCUUUCACGCACAGCAAACACCGUCUCCCCAGAAGUCGCAGAUAAUUACCACGAGCGCUGCGUCUCAAUAAUGCUCCCGGUUCUGGACAAACCGGAAUUCGAUAUCGGCAUAGACAUCCUUCUCAGUUCGACGGUGAUUCUCCGCUUCUUUGAACAAAUCUCCUCUCAUACUCCUUCCAAUGACCCCCAACGCCAUCUCCUCGCUGGUUCGGUCUACAUCAGCUCCCACGUUGACUGCGCUAUCAGCGGAAGUCUCGCAUCAGCUUCGUUUUGGGUCUUUGUCAUUCAAGAUAUUCAAUUCGCACUCACAUACCAGAAAUGUCUCCGACUGACCUUUGCCCCAUUCGAUGAACGGCUGCGGAAGUGGUGGCUAUCGAAACCGGUGCUUACUGAUGGAGACUGGGUCAAUCGAGCGAUUUGGUUAUUGGCUGAAACCAUCGACUUCUGUUAUAAUGUUUCCGGUCGCAACUUUGGAGGGCGCCUUGGCGUUGCUGGUGAGAUUGCGCUCAAGGAGAGGAUUAGGGAGUGGGAGAUUGAGAGGUCCGAAGCUUUUACGCCUUUGCAUGUUUCGCCGCCUGAUCCUGCGAGGGGGAAACCUUUCCCUGUUGUUUGGUAUACUAGUUUGGUUCAUUCAACUGCCAUGCAACAUGUUUGUCUUGCAAAGGCACUUAUGUUGAUUCGGGAACAUGAGCUUCAGGAUGGUAUGUCCUCCAGAGAAGAGCGGCUAGAAUUAAAGAGACAAAUUUCGGAGACUCUUGAUUAUCUUUUCGGCAUCGCCCUCUCGGCAGAUGAUGAACCUUCCUUACGAAUCAUGGCGUGUCAUGCUCUCUGUGCCUGUAGCGCAUGGAUAGACGACCCUGUCGCUCAAAACUUAUUGUUUGAUCUGCUACGUCGGACGGAACGAGAAAAUGGGUGGCCAUGGGCUUAUGUUGAGCAGCGAAUUUUGCAUACAUGGCAAGGGAACUCACGGUGA